AGUUCGGGAGCAAGGAGCCGGCCGUCUCCAGCCGGGGAGGGCGCAUGGCUGGCUCCCUGCAGGCCGCGGGGAAUCCUGGCCGGCGCCUGCGGUGACUGCCUUCUGCGACGCCGGGGAAGCCGAUCUGUUUGUUUUCUGCCUCCAAAAGAAGCAAUGCCAGAAGGUCUCUUGGCCAAUGAUUCUCUUGCAGCAAACCGGACCUCCUCUUCCUCCUCCUCCUCCUCCUCCUGAGAAGUUGCCAUCUCUUCCUAUGUCAGUGGCCACCCGGCCCACAGCCAAUUUGCUCCACUCCCCUCAGAAACCCCUUGGCCUGGGGUCAUCCUUGCCACUCGCCCAAGAUGAAGAACUUGCUACGGUGGUGGAGCAGGACCCAGCCUUGGAGGAACUGUGCAAACCUUUGUGCUGCAGACUUUGUAAUGUCACCUUGAAUUCUGCCCAGCAAGCCCAGGCUCAUUAUCAGGGUAAAAACCAUAGCAAGAAACUUCGAAAUUACUAUGCUGCCAAUAGCUGUCCGGCUCCUGUCAGAAUGAGUAGCUCACUUGAACCAGCCACGCAUCCGGUGGCUUCCCUUCCACCCCAGGGGGCCUCCUCCAAACCGGGUGGCCGAGUGAUCCUGGCCACUGAAAACGACUACUGUAAAUUGUGCGACGCUUCGUUCAGCUCCCCGGCCGUGGCCCAGGCUCACUACCAAGGGAAGAAUCACGCAAAGAGGCUGCGCCUGGCUGAAGCUCAGAACAAUUCAUUCUCGGAUUUGUCAGAAGUGGGCAAGCGGAGGGCGAAGAAGGAAGGGAACGAUUACAAGAUGAUGCAGAACAGAAGAAAUGUGUAUGCUGUCCAGAAUAACACAGGCCCUUAUUUCAACCCACGUUCCCGCCAGCGGAUCCCGCGCGACCUUGCCAUGUGCGUCACCCCCAGCGGCCAGUUCUACUGUUCCAUGUGUAACGCCGGGGCCAGCGAGGAGAUGGAGUUCCGGCAGCACUUGGAGAGCAAACAGCACAAGAGCAAAGUGUCUGAGCAGCGGUACAAGAACGAGAUGGAGAACCUGGGCUAUGUACAAUGAGACAUGAUUCCGGCUCAAUGCUUUCCCCCCGCCACCGAUACGAGAGCACCUUCUCGCUGCCCUCUGCUUACCACGCGUCCUGCUUUUGUGCUCCAUGAUUUUAGGAGCCUCUUCUCCGGUUCGCUCUGUGCUUCUAACCACCU